UUAAAUUUGCUUGUCCCCAAAACAGAGUAGUGGAAGUAUUAAUUAUCUGGUUUUUUUACCAAGGUAUUAAUUAUCUGGUUUAAACUCCUUCAAAAAUUAUCUGGUUUAACCGUAGGUAGAAACGGUACGACACACCAACCCGCCAGGCCGCCACGCAUUAUUGCAGAGCUGGGGUUCACAACUGACUGGAACUACCUCGCCUCUAGCCUCUUCCUCCUCUCGCUACGCCCACACACUAUCCCCAUCAAUCCGCGCCGCUUCACCAGCCAUGUCGGGCGGAAGCGGCGGCGAGCGGCGAGGCUGGAGCCCCAUGGACGCGAUCCGCAGCUUCCCUUCGACGCCCGAGUCCCUCAUGUCCCAGAUCGACGCCGCCAUCGCCUCCACCGAGUACGCCCGCGCAUGCGCCCUCCUCGACCCCGCCUCCUCGCGGCCUCAGCCUCCGGCCACCGGCAGCAGCAACGGCGGGGAGGCUUCUGCCGCGCGGGCUUCUCCUUCUCCUGAUCCCGCUGCCGCCCCUUGCCACGACGCGAGGGUCGCGGACGAGGCGUACCGGGCGGCCUGCGCGGCGCUAGGGGCCGGGAGGCCGGACGCGGCCGUGCGGUCGCUGCGGGCGGCGCUGGCGAGCUGCCCGCCGGAGAAGGCCGCGGCCGUCGCCAAGGUGAGGUCGAUGCUGGCCAUCGCGUCCGCGCAGCUUCACAGGCAGCAGCACCAGGCCCAGCAGCUCAACAGCAGGAGAUGAAGAGAUAUUGGUCAUCUGUUUCGUCUUUAACAAAGUAGUACUUUAACAAAGUAGUACCAGUGGUUAUUAGAUGCAUUGUCAAGUUUAUCCUCCAGAGAAGCCUGCUCUUGUCGAUGCAAAAGAACUUGUGAAGAGAGAAUAACUCGUAUGCAAAAGCACUUCCUUGUGAAAAGAGAGCGCGAUUUCUGUA